AUGCACAUUGUUUUUAGUGCCACACUGGAAAAGAAGGCAAGGUUCGAGACAUGGCACAAGCUCGACAAGUCAGGUCAACGCGAUCACUUGGAAGCUAUGCGCACUGGCAUUCUUGGUGACAGUAUGUCGAAGAAGGUCGACUCGAUAGCAACGACCAAGAUCUUCCGGGCCCCGUCUCUUCAUAACACCACGUCGCAUGAGUAUCAGCAAACGAUUGCGAUGGAUUGGGACAGGGAGUACAGCACUUACCUGCGUAUCGCGCGCAAAUUCGAGGUGACUAGAAGCGAAUUUGAGUUUCUAUUUACUAUCUCAUCUAAGCGUCGGCCUGGCAAACGAAUCUUCUACCCAUUUUGGCACGCUUCUCGGCCACAGGCAGACGAAAUAAAAUGGGACUGGUGCGAUAUAUAUCACCUAGCGCAGCGAAUGCUGCACCGCAUGCGAAGCGACUGCAACAGGCAUGGUGAAGACGCAGGGCUAGGCGAGAAGAUUGUGGACGAAAAAGUACUCGUUUACUGGAUGGUGUCCCUAUUCUGCAACCAGGUUCAAAAGCAAAAAAAGGACAUGCCCUACACUUCUCUGGAUGCGCUGCUGGAAGCGAAUCUUGACCGAUGGAAUUGCCCAAUUGUCCCCUGGGUUGGACAUGUUUUCUCAGCGUCUCUCUGCAAAGGGCCCGAUCAUGGUCUUGCUAUGCGUUUUGGAAUCAGGCAAGGGGCUAUUCGUGCGACAUUUGAUCCGCUACUCGACAUCGACAUGGCGCAAAGUACUAUCACGAUCGACGCACAUUCCACCAACAUUGCAAUGUGGAAUUGGGAGAGCGAAGCUUGGCCUUCGGUCCGGGCUAUACUCGCAGACGUGCCUCUGUCACAUUCACUAUGGAAGAUUGAUAAGGCCUUGGGCGAUUGCAUCUGGCGAACGCACACGGGCGGUGAUCAGUCGGCGGGAUCAAUUAUGCCCACCCCUGCCUUUGACAUCCCACUUUUGCCCAUUGAUCACUGGCUUUCUAGGUCAAGCAUUGCGCCCCAAUGUCACCAAAAGCAAUGCGAGGAUAGUGAGUUUUCUAGCAUUAGUGAGCUGGUAUACCACUAUCGACAAGUCCAUGCUGCUGUGGGCAAUGAGCUAUACAGUCCGCAGUGCGAUGAUGUCGCCACACUUGCAGAUCAGGAAGUCAUCAACAUGGAAUACUGGAAAAACAGGAUCAACGGCAAGCUCAUUUGCGACUGGCCGGACUGUGGCAAGAGUUUCCUCAGCAAGCAGGAUCUCGGCGACCAUCAAAACACACAUUCCGGCCAAAAAGACUUCCGCUGCGAUGUGCCCGGUUGUGCCCAGGCAUUUUACGGCAAAGGCGAUCUGGCCAGGCACAAGAGGAACGACCAUGGAACGCGUGCUAAGCCGACUUGCGACUUUACAGGAUGUGGCAAGACGUUCGCGCGAUCCGAUGGGCUGCUUAGACAUCAAAGAAACGUCCACGCGGCGUGCAGAAAAAGAACGUAUUUAAACAUCGGCUCCUUGUUUUCGGAAACAGAAUGGGUCCCAUUGGCCCGUAUUUGGCCGUUUGGCAGGCCAUGUGGUCGCUAUGUGACCCAAGUGGGCAUGCGCUGCCCGACCUACUUCCAGGUCAGCGACCGGGAAUUGGUCCCGGGUGAGAUAUCUGCACAAUUCAAUAUUUCAUAUCUACGGCGAGUCGGAACUUAUCUAUGGUUGUACUGA